CCGCUGCGAGGGCAUCGUCGUGCACAGCAGCCUGCAGCUUGGAUUCCUUCACCACCCAACACCCUUUAAACCACCUUCGAGGUAAGCUGCUGCUCUUUGUUGUCGUCGUUAUCAGUCGUCGUUCAGUGGACUAAUUGAUCUCUGUUUUUGCCAGUCCUUUAAACAUCCUAUCUUCCUUAUAAGAGUCGAAAUGGGAGGCACUCGUGAAAAGAAAGCCGAAUACUUCGUCAAGCUCCGUGCUCUCCUCGAGGAGUACCAGAGCAUCUUCAUUGUCGGUGUCGACAAUGUCUCGUCGCAGCAGAUGCACGAGAUCCGUAAGAGUCUCCGUGGUGAGGCCGUCAUUCUUAUGGGAAAGAACACCAUGGUCCGCCGUGCCAUCCGUGGAUUCCUCGCUGACUUCCCCGAGUUCGAGCGCAUCCUUCCCUUCGUCAGAGGCAACGUCGGUUUCGUCUUCACCAACGCUGACUUGAAGACCAUCCGUGAGUCCAUUCUCUCUAACAAGGUCGCUGCUCCUGCCCGUGCCGGUGCCGUCGCUCCUAUGGACGUCUGGGUCCCUGCCGGUAACACCGGUAUGGAGCCCGGUAAGACCUCGUUCUUCCAGGCCCUCGGUGUCCCCACCAAGAUCGCCCGUGGUACCAUCGAAAUUACUUCCGAUGUCCAGGUCGUCUCGGCCGGCAGCAAGGUCGGUGCCUCUGAGGCCACCCUCCUUAACAUGCUCAACAUCUCUCCCUUCACCUACGGUAUGGUGAUCGCCCAGGUCUACGACCAGGGCCAGAUCUUCAGCCCCGAGAUUCUCGACAUUGAGGAGUCCACCCUCCUUGCCAGCUUCUCGUCCGCCAUCGCUGCCGUCACCGCCAUCUCGUUGGCGACCAACUACCCCACCCUCCCCGCCGUCAUCCACCACCUCAUCAACACCUACAAGAAGGUCCUCGCUGUCUCUGUCGCGACCGAGUACACCUUCCCUGGAUCCGAGGCCAUUAAGGACCGCAUUGCCAACCCCGAUGCCUACGCCGCCGCUGCCCCCGUUGCCGCUGCUGCCGCCGCUGAGUCGUCGGCUCCCGCCGAGGAGGCUCCUGCUGAGGAGGCUGACGAGUCUGAUGACGACAUGGGAUUCGGUCUUUUCGACUAAACUAGUUAGGAAAAAUGGUGUGCUGUUUGUCCGGAUGGCUAUUGUAUAAUAUACAUCAGUUUGGAGAAAAAAAGAUGCGCUAGGUUUUUUAUAUAGGUUAA